GAGCGCGCGAGCCGGGCCCGGAGCGCACGCCGCCGCCACCGCCGCCCGAGCCGCCGCAUUGCUGCUGCUGCCGCCGCCGCCCCGCGCCCGGCCCGCGGCCCCCAAUAUGGUGCAGCCGCCAGCGCCGCCGCCCGUGCCGCCGCCGCCCGCGGGCCCCGCCGCCGCCCUCGGGCGCCCGCAGCGCGGCAGCCGCAGGUGGGGGGCCGCGGCCCGGGCCUGAGCCGCCCCCCGCCCGGCCUCGGCGCGGCGCCCUCCCCGCGGGGCUGCCGGCGAGGGGCCCUCUCGCCGCUGAGGUGGAGCCGCGGGCCCCGCCGCCGCCGCUCCUGCCCCCUCCCUCCCUCCUCCCCUCCCCCUCCCCUCCGGUCCUGUCUCCAGCGGGAGCGCGAGACGCUGGUCAGGCUCCGCGGCGCAGCUCGAAAAGGAAUAAUCGCCCCCGAUUGACUGAAAUUCCUCCGGAGCCGGCGCCGCGGCCGCCCGCGCCCGAGACCGCGCUCCGGGGCCGCGUCCUCCUCUCCUUCGGAAAACGCUCGCGACCCAGGGCCGCCGGCGGCCGCGACUCUGCUGUGUCGAUCGCCUGAGUCCGUUUUCACCGUUUGCGGGAUCUGGAACCGAGUUACAUGCAUGUCCAGUGGGGGCAGGUUUAAUUUUGACGACGGAGGGUCCUACUGUGGAGGCUGGGAGGACGGCAAGGCGCACGGCCAUGGCGUCUGCACCGGCCCCAAGGGCCAAGGCGAAUACACUGGCUCGUGGAGCCACGGCUUCGAGGUGCUGGGCGUCUACACCUGGCCCAGCGGCAACACGUACCAGGGCACCUGGGCGCAGGGCAAGCGCCACGGCAUCGGCCUGGAGAGCAAGGGGAAGUGGGUGUACAAGGGCGAGUGGACGCACGGAUUCAAGGGGCGCUACGGGGUGCGGGAGUGCGCGGGCAACGGGGCCAAAUACGAAGGGACCUGGAGCAACGGGCUGCAGGACGGCUACGGGACCGAGACCUACUCGGACGGAGGGACCUACCAGGGCCAGUGGGUCGGUGGCAUGCGCCAGGGCUAUGGCGUGCGGCAGAGCGUCCCGUACGGCAUGGCUGCGGUCAUCCGCUCGCCCCUGAGGACGUCCAUCAACUCCCUGCGCAGCGAGCACACCAACGGCACGGCGCUGCAUCCCGACGCCUCUCCGGCGGUGGCCGGCAGCCCGGCCGUGUCCCGUGGGGGCUUCGUGCUCGUGGCCCACAGUGACUCCGAGAUCCUCAAGAGCAAGAAGAAGGGGCUGUUUCGGCGCUCGCUGCUGAGCGGGCUGAAGCUGCGCAAGUCGGAGUCCAAGAGCAGCCUGGCCAGCCAGCGCAGCAAGCAGAGCUCCUUCCGCAGCGAGGCGGGUAUGAGCACCGUCAGCUCCACGGCCAGCGACAUCCACUCCACCAUCAGCCUGGGCGAGGCCGAGGCCGAGCUGGCGGUCAUCGAGGACGACAUCGACGCCACCACCACCGAGACCUAUGUGGGCGAGUGGAAGAACGACAAACGCUCCGGCUUCGGCGUGAGCCAGCGCUCGGACGGGCUCAAGUACGAGGGCGAGUGGGCCAGCAACCGGCGCCACGGCUACGGCUGCAUGACCUUCCCGGACGGCACCAAGGAGGAGGGCAAGUACAAGCAGAACAUCCUCGUCAGCGGCAAGCGCAAGAACCUCAUCCCCCUGCGGGCCAGCAAGAUCCGCGAGAAGGUGGACCGCGCCGUUGAGGCCGCUGAGCGGGCCGCCACCAUCGCCAAGCAGAAGGCUGAGAUCGCGGCUUCCAGGACCUCCCACUCUCGGGCAAAGGCCGAGGCAGCCCUCACAGCGGCUCAGAAAGCCCAGGAGGAGGCGCGGAUCGCCAGGAUCACUGCCAAAGAGUUCUCCCCUUCCUUCCAGCACCGGGAAAACGGGCUGGAGUACCAGAGGCCGAAGCGUCAGACCUCCUGUGACGACAUCGAGGUGCUGUCCACCGGGACACCCCUGCAGCAGGAGAGCCCCGAGCUGUACCGCAAGGGCACCACCCCCUCCGACAUGACCCCCGAUGACAGCCCCCUGCAGAGCUUCCCCGCCAGCCCCGCAGCCACCCCACCGCCCGCGCCCGCCGCCAGGAACAAGGUCACCCACUUCUCGCGGCAGGUGUCGGUGGACGAGGAGCGGGGCGGGGACAUCCAGAUGCUCCUGGAGGGCCGGGCCGGGGACUGCGCCCGCAGCAGCUGGGGUGAGGAGCAGGCCGGGGGCUCCAGGGGUGUCCGCAGCGGUACCCUGCGCGGCGGCCUGCCCGUGGAUGACUUCCGCACCCGAGGUUCGGGCCGCAAGCAGCCCGGGAACCCCAGGCCGCGGGAGCGGCGGACGGAGUCACCCCCCGUGUUCACGUGGACUUCCCACCACCGGGCCAGCAACCACAGCCCUGGAGGCUCCAGGCUGCUGGAGCUGCAGGAGGAGAAGCUGAGCAACUACCGGAUGGAGAUGAAGCCCCUGCUGAGGAUGGAGACGCACCCCCAGAAAAGACGCUACAGCAAGGGCGGCACCUGCCGGGGCUUGGGGGACGACCACCGCCCCGAGGACCGGGGCUUCGGGGUGCAGAGACUGCGGUCCAAGGCCCAGAACAAGGAGAACUUCAGGCCGGCCUCCUCCGCGGAGCCCGCGGUGCAGAAACUGGCGAGCCUGCGGCUGGGUGGGGCCGAGCCCCGACUGCUGCGUUGGGACUUGACCUUCUCCCCGCCCCAGAAGUCCUUGCCUGUCGCUCUAGAGUCCGACGAGGAGAAUGGGGACGAGCUCAAGUCCAGUACGGGCUCAGCUCCUAUCCUGGUGGUCAUGGUGAUCUUGCUCAACAUCGGAGUCGCCAUUCUGUUUAUUAACUUUUUCAUCUGAUGAGAUGUCGCGGUAGCAAAAAUAGAGAAAGGGUAGAAAAAAGGGACAUUAAAAUUAAAAGCAAAACCACAAGAAGGGAAAGACCGCAACUCGGACAGCCCAGCGACUUCCAAGUCCUCUCACAGAAGAACCACACGACUGGGUAUCACUCACAGUUUGCCUUUUUUUCUGGGUAAUGUUUUUUGGAUUUUAGCCAAAAUUCUUCGCUUGUAUAACACUCUGCUGUGUGGCAUGGCAGAAGGAGGCCAGCACGCAGCCCCUCCAGCUCCACGUGGAAACAGAAGGGAUCCCGGCACAUCAGUGGUAACAGCGGAUGUUGUCCUCGUGGUCACACGUCCCGUCUUGGGUGUGGAUGGAGGGCAGCCCGGGGCAGAGCCUCAGCCCUGUGCCCCCUGAGCAGCAGGGCUGGCUCCCGUCGAUACGAGCUUGGAAAGUGGAUUCACUGCUUCCUCUGUCUAGAACAGACGGGUGGCAAGUACGGGCGGGAGGCGUGGAGCAGGGUGGCCCACCCCAGCAGGCAGUAGCCCAGCCUUUUUCUGUGUGAGAUCUGUGCUGCACACCUGAGGGAGGGGGAGGGAUCGGCCACCUCCUCCCUGUGAGACGGAUGCAGGUCCUUCCCUCUUCUCGGCACUGCCCCCGGCCUUCCAUGAGAAGCCGACUCACCACACCGAGUUUUAAAGCAAAGCCCUUUUCUUCUGCUGCCCACUCACCGUGGGCCCCAUUCGGCUGUUUCCCCCACCAGACCCCAGGGAAGCCGGGUCCCACUCUGAUCCGCCUGGGCUCAGCUAAGCACGGAAGCCGAGGGGCUGUGCCGUGGAGCUGGCCUUGCGCUGGGGCUCUGGGUGUGUGCGCGCUUGUGCACUUGGCGUGCAGGGUGGACGCGUGGGCUUCCGUGUCCCUAGCAGUGAGGGGCCUACAGGACGCCUUCUUCCAUGGUUACUGACCUCCACGGGUUUUCACAUCUUUGUACUGUGCCUGCCUCAACUUCCCCUAACAGAUAUGCAUAUUCCUUCCAGAUGCCUCAGUGCUACACUAGAGUGGGCCUGGUCCCAGGACAGGAAUGUGGUUCAAACCCAGUGGCUUGAAACUUCCUGAGAAAUUGUAGCAUAUCCAACCCCCCAAAAUGUACAAUGUAAACUUGUUCAGUCCAACAAAAAACAGGUUCCUUAUGUUUCUGCCUUCUCCACCAGGGUCGCUCCAUCACCCAAACAAAAGAACAAGGUUUGCCAGGAUGUCCGAGUGCCCCGCGGCCCUGGCUCUCGUGUGCAUGGACGUGCCUGAGGGGUCCGGGCACGGCCAUACACAGGACCCCUGUGCCCGGGGAGGCACUGCAGGGAUUCCCCAUCCGGUCGUCUUGGGGCCAGCCCGUCUUAUGGACUCUGCCUUGCUUUGCUUAUGUUUAGCUGUUUCUCUGCUACCUUUCGAGCAGACUUCUUUACUACACUGCACUGGAUUGCUAUAUUUUUAACCAGAAAUAAACUAAAGAUUAGAGCA